CGUGGCUCUGCAGCUCGGCUGGCGACUUUUGCAGAAUGGACUUUGGAGAGACAGGCCUCUUUGGAGUCGGAGAACACCUGGGCUUUCGGGAGGCCGCAGCCUGCUUUGGUGCCUGCGGCGGAGGCCCUGGACGGCGGGUGGAGUUUGGGAUCUGAAGACCCCAAAGGAUGGGGAGUUGGACCCAGGGAACCAACCAUGUGAUUACAGAUGUGAAACUGAGCUGUCGCCCACACUCCAGGGAGGAGAGAGAGGCCUGAGAUUGUGUUCACUCGCCAAUGGCCGACAAUUUAAUGCACCACGCCUAUGGAAUGAAAUCUCCCAAAAACACCCAAAGAGUGGGGUUCAGUGAGCUUCUGGUGUUGCACUGGAGACUGGACUUCCAACACGUGAAGACUUCCAACACUGGAGACACUCAGACCACAGCAGCAAUUGUACCUGGCCUCUCACUUUCCAGAGUUAGAAAUGCGCCCUUGACCAUGCCAACUAAAACACCACAGCCUGAGCAGGGCUCUGGAGGCCGCUACGGAAGACAAGUCUGGGAGAGCAGCGCCUUCCCCCAAAGCCUCCGACACUGCCCUGCAGUGCCUGUGGCUCCAGCUGAAGCAACCGCCGCAGCUCUCGUCUGCCAGGCCGUCCGUCCGUGCCUACACUGCAAGGGGCUCUUGUCUUCUCCCAUCUGGGCCGAGCCCGCCCGUCCAGAAUGGCCAAGAGGCCCUCCUCUUCCCGGGCUGCCUUCUCUUCCGGAGCCAGCAGGGUCUGCCAGAGGUGUUCUUCGUGCUUCCUCCCCAGCUGAGGGAUCUUGGUGCGUGCGCCGCAUGCCGGCUCCUGGAGGUGCUCAGACCCAUGUCAGUCCCAGCCCUGGCCACCUGGGCCUGGCGGGCCCUCCCCAGGAGCUCCUGGGGCUGUGCUGACACCGCCUCCAGGUCGUAGUCCCUCCUCCCCCUUUUCCCCUUUCUCUCUGGCUGGCUCGGGGACUCUCUCACUGUGAACACCUGCGUUUGUGUUUUCUCUUUAAUUCUUCUGUCUGUCCUGGAGCUCAAGACCGGGGGACAAGGGACGUGGAAGAUGGAUUGUGCUGUAAGCACAGGCUGUGAUUUGAGGGCAGGCAGGGGCUGUUGUGGCCCAGUGGUUACGCAUUCUGCCUCCCUCCUGACUCGCUGUGUGGAGGAGGCCGUGCAAACGUCGCGGUCCCUUGCCUUCAAAGACCCCGUGGGGACAGACGUGUGGCACACUCUCCUAGGAUGGGGGAGCCUCCCGUCCCGCUGCCUGUCUGGGUUCUCAUCCCUCCCCAUCACUUCCCAAGGUUUGACACUGGGUAAGCUGUCUCACGUCUGGAUACGUGCCCCCCUCUAACUCAACUCUCUCAUAAGCUCACCCUGAGAAAGAAGCAAGACAACGCACAGGAAGUGUUUAGCACAGUGCCUGGCACACAGUGCUCUAGGGGCACAGAGCUGGGCAGAAACCAGCCGAGCUGCAGUGCCACCAAUCCAACUGGGACACGGGGGCUGGGGGUGGGUCUGUGGGGUUUGACCAAGGCCUCGUGAGUGAAGGGCAUAAUCUGACGGCACAGCCCUGGCAGGGCUGGGGCAGCUGUUCAAGGGCAGGGGAGGGUAAAGGAAAAGCCCUGGGUUGGACAUGGGACACACAUCCAGGGGAUGGGGAGAAGCUUCCUGUGGCGUUGAAGGUCAUGUUCAUUGGCAAGGAAGGAGAGGCCUUUCGGGGAUGUGUGCACAGGGCCCCUCCACGGACCUGGGCCCCAAAACUGAAGCCCUAGGCCCACUGCGGACCACUGUUGGGUCCAGCACAGCCCAGGAGGGUGCUCCCUUCCCACCCGCCCUCUGGCCUUCCUCAGCAUGGCCCUCGGCCCAGGGCUGGCCACUCCCAGCAUGCGGCGCCCCCACCACUGCUCUGGGUUGGGAGGUGGGCGGAGGCUUUUUGCGGGGGCUGUGCCUGGUGGGCAGUUUUCCCAGAGCAAGGACUGAGCAGGACGGAGUUGGCGCUGGCUUCCUCGGAUGUAGACAUUGCCGGCUGCAUGGCUGGCUGCCGCCCCAGCUAGUGCUCCCCCGGGCACUGUGGUCUUGCUCGGUGGGCUGCAGCCUGCAUAGCCUGGGGGGUGGCAUGUCACAGAGGGAGGCCAGAGAGGCACCAGCCACGCCAGGCGCAGGGCAUGGCCGGGCUAAGGCCAGAGCGCGGGGGCUGCCAGGCACCGCCGAGAAGAGGAGGAGCCGCCUCUGCAGGACAAGGCAGGACCCAUGGGAAGAGACCAACUGGAACACCCAAAGCUGGGGCUGGGCCGCCCCCAACCCUCGAGGUGCCAGGGCAGGGGGCCGGGCUCGAGGCAGGAGCGAGGCGAGCCCCGAGAACGCGGCACGGGAGCGGAGCCGGGUGAGGACCCUGCGCCAGGCCUUCCUGGCCCUGCAGGCUGCUCUGCCUGCCGUGCCUCCCGACACCAAGCUCUCCAAGUUGGAUGUGCUGGUGCUGGCCACCAGCUACAUCGCCCACCUCACGCGCACGCUGGGGCACGAGCUGCCCGGCCCCGCCUGGCCGCCGUUCCUGCGCGGACUCCGCUACUUGCACCCUCUCAAGAAGUGGCCCAUGCGCUCACGUCUCUAUGCUGGAGGCCUGGGGUGUUCCGGCCUGGACGCCACCCCAGCCGCCACCUGCAGCCCCAGGAUGAAGGAUGUGCAAGUGCGGUCCCAAGACUCUGAAGAGGCAGAGGUUGGCCUUUCCACCAAGCCACUCCCGCCAGCUCUUGGUGACAAAUGAGCGUCACACUUGCUUUGCUCUCCGGGACGGCGACUCUCACGGAGGGACCUGGAUUUCCCACCAGACCCUCCCUGUCUUCACUGGGACCUCAGCCGUCGGAUCUGACUCAACCUCAGCUCCCAAGUCGCAGCGGCAGGUGCAGCGGGCACUGCCACGGUGGGGAGUUCCCAGGGAGCACAGGAUGGAGACCCCCGCCCUCGACACCGGGAAGGGACUUCCCAAUGGCUCUUCUGUGGCAGCUUCAGGGCAGUGAGGCACGAAGGCAUCUGAGUGGGCUCGCAGCUGGGUACCAACAUCAUCCCUCGCUCUCCUGGCCUCCAGCUCCUACAGACCUGCACAGACAAGAAGACAGGAACAGAAGGAGGGGCUGGUCUGGCAGCAGCCCCAGGUGCUCCUGGGAAAGCCUGAGGGCCUCAGAGGUUCUUGGCCGCUGCAAGUGUGAAGAACCCUGGGCUGGGGUCGUGAAGCCUAAGAAGAGAAUGUACUUUCUCCCGGUCCCUCCAGACGCUUGCGUCCCACGGGUGAGGAGUGGGAGCUCAGGAGAGCCGUGUCUGGGCCGGCACAGCAUUGCCCGCUCUCUGGCCCCGCCCCCUCCCUCCCUUCUGCACUUGGGUUUGUCUGGGGUUAGGCCAUAAAGCUCGCGCUAUUGCCUUCUGGUCCCCAGGGGCGCUUGUGGAUCGGCCCAGCCACCUACACAGAGGUUCUUCUCCCAGAGGCAGCUCAUCUGUAACUGACCCAAGCAAUGUCAGGCCUGGCCCAGGAAGGAUCCUGGGAGGCUCCAUGACGCCCUCAUGAAGGGCCUUGAACGUAGAAGGCGAGUCUUUUCCAGGGGAUGAUGGUCACAGUCUUCUCUUCCCAUUGCAUUAGGACCCAACCUCAAGGCCAGGGCCAGGCAGGCUCCUUGAAGGUGGCUGCCUGUGCUUCGCUGACUGUGGAGUCACUUUGACCACCCAUGUACAGAGCAGCUCCCUGGGGCCAGCUCCUCCUGAGGGCAUCGCCACCCUGGGUCCUGCCAGGGGUGCCAGCAAUGAGAUGGAGCCUUAAGGGUUUUCUCUCUUCCCUGAACAAUAAUACGAGAACUAAUCAUAGUCUACACACACUGGGGUGAACUCAAACUGGCCUUGAGCUCCAGGCCCGGAAGGAACCGCCUUUUCCUUCAAUUUCAGCGCCUGGAGUCCCCACCUGGCCACCCUCAGAUACAAACCCUCAUCAGUCGUGAGUGUGAGCGAGGGUGGGGGCUGGCCAGGGUGACUCAGCAGCGAGCUGGGUCGGGGGUAGAACAGGAGACACGGCACGUCCCGGCCCCGCGCUGCACGGGACGUGGGAGAGCAGCUGGACCGUGGCGGGCAGCCAUGCGGAGCAGGCUUCAGCCAAGGCCGAACUCGUAAAUCUGCCGGGAGCCGUCGGCGGAGCACUGCUGGCGAGCUUGUGCAGAGCCGCUCCGGGCCGCUACUCGGGGCCAGGCAGGGGCAGAGACCAGGUGUGGGAGGGCACAAGCACAGUGCUCUCCACAAGACCAUAAAAGUCCAGCGCGAGCGUUCUAUUUUUAAAGCCGAGUCGCGCGUCCUCGGGUGGAGCUCGAGGGUGGCCGGAAGAGGAGCCGAGCGAGAGUCCCUCCCCGGAUGGCAGCAAAGCUGACUUCGGCAGGGUUGUGCUGCGGGUUCCCGACGACUGAGCUUGCCCUGCCCCACCCUGGCCGGACUCAAGCCCUUGCCCGGUAACCUCGGGGUCCUGGGGUGAGGAGUUGGCCACGUGACCCUGGUGGGGAAGACCAGGAAGGCAGGCAAGGGAUGAAGCUGUGGGGGCAAAGGCAGAGCCAAGCCAGGCACUGUGCUUUCCUUAUACCCAGGACAGUCCCGUGGGAUACUGAGACUGUCUCCCUCAGCUGGACAGCACCCAGCAGUCAGGCCAGGGAGCGGAGGGGCUGGCAGGGGACAGGGCUAGCCGAGGGAAGGCUCAGGGGAUGCGUGGGAACAGCCAGGGGAGGGAUGGGGCCUCUCCCUCUCUGACAGGUCAGUCCUGACCUUGGGGCUGGAGACUUGGACCCAGGAGCAGACCAGAACCAGGAGCAGCAGAGGAAGAAGAUGGCUGGGAGGUACGGGGGUGGCUGAGAGCCAUCGGGAGCAGGGAGGAGGCAGAGUUUCAGGCCCGAGGGCGUGUGGGUGAGAAGUCCCACAAGGCACCAGGAGCAGGGAGGUGAACACAGGACGUGGGCUGGCUCAGGAGGCGGGGCGAGGCUGCUCCACCCUCACGCGCCCCUGCCGCCGCCCCACGUGCCCAGGACUCAGGGUGGGGAUGGGGAGGAAGAUUCCCUGCUGCCGCCUCCAGCGCCGGAAGUGCCUGUGCUUGCCUUUCCCCCCCCCUGUUUUAAAGAUUUAUUUAUUAUUUACUUGAAAGUCAGAGUUCCAGAGAGAGAGAGAAAGGGAGAGACAGAGAAAGAGAGGGAUAGCUUCCAUCCACUGGUUCACUCCCCAGAUGGCCGCAACAGCCAGGGCCGGGCCAGGCCAAAGCUAGGUCUCCCAUGUGGGUGGUAGGGGCUCAAACACUUGGCCCAUCUUCUGCUGCUUUCCCAAGUACAUUAGCAGGGAGUGGAAUUGGAAGUGGAAUAGCUGGGACUUGAACCGGCACCCACAUGGGAUGCCAGCAUCAGGCGGCAGCUUUACCCGCUACACCACAGCACCGGCCCCGUGCCUGUGCUUUCCAAUAGCAGCAAGAGGCCAGAGCGGAGGCUGAGAAGGAGCUGUGGGAGAAGCAGGGCUGGCGGAGGGACGUCUAAGUCCAGCGCCCUCGGUAUCCGUCCAAGGGUUCCACAUCCGCAGGUUCCACCAACCACAGACGGAAAACAUGAGGAAAAGCCAUACAUACAGACAUUUUUCUUGUUGCUAUCCCCUAAAUAAUGCAGUGUAACAACUAUGUGCACAGUGUUUACCUGGUAUUAGGUCUUGUACAUACUCUAAAGGCUACACAAAGAUUGCGUAGUUGACGUGCUAAUACUACAGCAUUUUACAGAGAAACUCGUGAGCUCCCGCGGGGUUCAGCAUGGGCAGGGACCCCGAGAGUGAGCCCUUGAGGAUACCAAGGGGCACAAUCAUGGUGGAGGCUGUGGAUGUUAGCAACUGGGGAGCUAAAGACAUGAAGACGGAGAAGUUCUGGGAGCGCCUAGCCUGGCUAGGACUCGGAUGGCACUGCUCUCUCCCUUCUGUGGCACGAGCCCUAAGCCCAGGACCCCAGCAAGCUUGUCCCUUGUUAAGCUUUAUUUGACUUUAUUUGCAAGGCAGAGUGACAGAGAGAUCUUCCACACGCUGGUUCUUACCCCAGCUGCCGGGACAGGUGCAGGCACUCCAUCCAGGUCUCCCACGUAUGUGUGGGGCCCAAGCACUUGGGCCAUCUUCUGCUGCUUUCCCAAGUGCAUAGCAGGGAGCUGGAUCAGAAGUGGAUCAGCUGGGACUUGAACUGGUGCUCGGACGUGGGAUGCUGGCACCUCUGCUUCACAAUACUGGCUGUGCCUGGCCCCAGCAAACUUCUGUUCUGGAUCCACGAGAGGGGAGCUAGGGCCACUGAGCCAAAUGCAGCCCUUCCUUCCUAAUUUUGUAAAUAAAGUCACUGGGAAGCAGCCACA